GGCCCUCCCCUCCUCUCUCGGGCCUCGGUACCGGCGGCCUCGGCCUUGGAGAGGUUCUCACCUUGGCAGAGUACAAAUCCUCUAUACGUACCCUUGUGCGGAGGCGCCUACCAAAAGCUAAGUAGAUGAGAUCAUCUCAUGCUCUUUUUUUGGAAGAGGUGAUCAAAGAAAAUGGAUAGCUAUUCAGACUUCAAUGCAAAGAACCUCUCAUCUUCAGCUAAUAUGUCUAUUCCUUUGCCUGAACAAGUUGGAUUCAAUACCACUGGCGGUACUCCUUCUAUGUCAAUAAGCAGGCUUUUCCCAGCCCUGUUAGAAUGCUUUGGAAUAAUUCUUUGUGGCUACGUAGCUGGAAGAGCCAACAUUAUUACAUCAACUCAGGCCAAAGGACUGGGAAAUUUUGUGUCCCGUUUUGCACUCCCAGCCCUACUGUUCAAAAACAUGGUGGUACUUAACUUUUCUAAUGUGAAUUGGUCCUUCCUGUACAGUAUUUUAGUUGCCAAAGCUGCUGUGUUUUUCUUAGUCUGCGUUUUAACAUUGUUGGUAGCCAGUCCAGAGAAUCGAUUCAGCAAAGCAGGUUUGUUCCCUAUUUUUGCUACACAAAGCAAUGACUUUGCACUGGGAUAUCCAAUAGUUGAAGCUUUAUAUCAAACCACUUACCCAGAGUAUCUCCAGUACAUUUACCUAGUGGCUCCAAUAUCUCUUAUGAUGCUAAACCCUCUGGGGUUUAUCUUCUGUGAAAUCCAGAAGUGGAGGGAUAACCGCACUGUGUCACACAGCAAAAUCAAAAUAGUGGGCCUAGCACUCCUUCGAGUUUUGCAGAACCCAAUUGUAUUCAUGGUCUUCAUAGGAAUUGCCUCAAACUUUAUUCUUGGCCAGAAAAUUCCUGAAUACCUUGAAAACUUUCUUGACGGACUGGGCAGUUCAUUUUCUGGCUCCGCACUUUUUUACCUUGGACUAACUAUGGUGGGACAAACAAAAAAACUGACAAAGGGUAUGUUUGUUGCACUGAUCCUUCUCAUCACAGCUAAACUACUUAUGAUGCCAUUUCUCUGUAGAGAAAUGGUGGAACUCUUGGACAAGAGUGACAGCAUAGUCAACCACACCAGUUUAUCAAACUAUGCAUUUCUUUAUGGAGUUUUUCCAGCAGCACCUGGUGUUGCAAUAUUUGCAAGUCAAUUUAAUAUGGAAGUAGGAAUUAUUACCUCAGGCAUGGUGAUAAGCACUUUUGUGUCUGCACCUAUUAUGUAUGUUUCUGCAUGGCUGUUGACCAUUCCAUCUAUGGAUCCCAACCCACUGGCAUCUGCACUGCAAAAUGUUAGCUUUGACAUAAGUAUUGUCAGCCUCAUUUCUCUGAUCUGGUCUCUUAUUGUUGUUCUUCUGAGUAAGAAAUACAAACAGCUUCCUCAUAUGAUUACAACAAAUCUACUUGUUGCUCAGUUUAUUGCUUGCAUUGGAAUGGUGGUAUGGAAUUUCAUUGUUAAAGAGAAAGACAUCACCAUGCAGAUCCUAGUAUUUAUAUUCCUCUACAGCUCACUUUAUGGUACCUACCUGUGGACAGGUUUUCUGUCUUUCUCUUUGUUUCUGUUGAGGAAGAGAGAAACAGUAAAGAUUCCCAUUGGGUUUAUUAUCAUAGCUGGAUGGGGAGUCCCAACACUUCUGGUGGGAAUCUUACUAAUUGUUGGUGAACGUAACAACACUAGUAUUGACUCUGCCUUUUUCUAUGGAAAAUAUCAGAUAAUUACCACAGCAGUGAUCCUGUUCAUCAGUAUACUGAUGGCAGGUAUCUCACUUAUGUGCAUGAACAGAAAUAGGCAAGAGUCGAACUAUGAGGUAUUGAACCCAUACUCACCACGUAGCCAAGUGGAGGAGGUUGAAGUGGAAGGGAGUGAGGGGAAUCGAGUUUCAGCCACUGUGCCUCAGCCUUCUCCAGGAUCUUCUGCACAGCCAUCUGCAGAAAGAGGUUGCUGUUCUUGUCAAACAACAAAUGGUGACUUGUCCUGUGCUAGAGAGAGCAAAGCAGUGACAAAUGUUGUUGACAGCAAGGUUCCUGCAAUUGAGACAGCUGAUCAGUGUGUGAGUCAUUGCAGUGCUCGAACCUGCGUAUUGGCUCAGGAAGAACAGCUUCUACAGACUGGAGACAAACAGCUGGCCAGACAUGUGCUGCUGUGCUUACUUCUUAUUGUUGGCCUGUUUGCUAAUCUUUCCAGUUGUUUGUGGUGGCUGUUCAACCAAGAGCCUGGAAGGCUAUAUGUGGAAUUGCAGUUCUUCUGUGCUGUUUUUAAUUUUGGUCAGGGUUUCAUUUGCUUUGGUAUUUUUGGCUUAGAUAAGCAUUUAAUCAUUCUACCAUUCAAGCGAAGACUUGAAUUUUUCUGGGGAGGAAGAGAAGCACCAGGGCAUACAGAUCCCUCUGUACCUGAGGAAAUCAGGAUGACCUGUCAACAGUUUGUUCAUUAUCAUAGAGAUCACUGUGUCAAAAGUAUUGUCAGAGGCAGAAGGUGUGGUGCAAAGAUCUCCACUGGCAUCUUCUUUGGCUGUGACCUGGUGAACUGGCUCAUGCAAGUUGGCCUUGCCUCUGACCGUGGUGAAGCUGUGAUGUAUGGAGACAGACUGAUGAAAGGAGGCGUCGUCCAGCAUAUUACGAAUGAAUUUGAAUUUCGGGAUGAAUAUUUGUAUUACCGCUUUAUUCCUAAGAGAUCAGUUGCAGUUGAGAGCCGUUGACUUUAGCGUGUAGGCAGAGGACAGGCAGUUAGGGGUGAGUGUGACCUCCUCCUCUGCCUUCACCACUGAAAUUGGAAGUAUUUCUUUCUCAGGGCUCUCAGAGAAUAGUGUUGUUCUCUCUUUUUAAGAGAUGUGGUUCUACUUGUGUCUAUUCUGAAGGAAAUGGUAGCAAGUGAUAUUUAAUGAGCGUUCCAAACAGAAUGCAACUAGAACAAAAGGAGAUGCGCUGGAUUUAGAGCAUUUUUUCCAUUUUGAGCAAAACAAAUAGUAAAAGGAUAUGUGUCACUGUUGUAUUAUAGAGGCAUUAUACCUGCAGCUUUAGUGACUGGUGCCACAAUGAAAAAAACCAUGACUGAGAGGUAUUUUUCACGUUGCUGUAUGUCUUCCAUAUUUUAGUGUGAUGAACUAUUGAUUCCUGUUUACGAUCAGGCUUUCCCCUGACCUCGUAGAAGUAGGAUUUCUUCUAUGAUACCCCAGUUUUUACUACUCUACUGUUGUCUAACACCAGGAACUUUUUCUAGCUGUUUACUCCUCAGAUCAAGUGGUUUGUUUCUCCCUUAAAGAAAAAAAUCUCCAUUUGUAGAAGUAGAAUUGUUGUGAAGAUGAUUCCAAUGUCAGAGGAUUAAAGCUGAGGAAAUAUUGAGUGAAAUAAAUAAUGGUUUUGUACAAAUUUACCAAAUAUUAAAAACAUAAAAAUACCCACUGUUCCCCCAGAUUAGGAAAUUAUAUAGUGGAAUUUCAUAUAAACAGUUGGUUUUGAAGUUUUGCCUUAUGGUGGUAGUAACAGCUUUGGCAGGAGUAGAUUUUUACCUU